UUGGACGCGUGCACGUUGUUUACAAAUGGCGACGGAAUUCAGUCUUUUGCAGACCCGCCUGCAUUUGGCGCAAAGAGAGGGCCCUUUCGUCCGGUCCGAUGGACGUGAACUGAACGAGAGGAGACCCACAGCAGUUAACAUCGGCUCAAUCUCUACAGCUGAUGGAUCUGCCGUGGUCAAAAUAGGUUGCACAAGUAUCGUCUGCGGCAUCAAAGCAGAGCUUGCAGAGCCUACAGUCGACGAACCCAAGAAAGGAUUUAUUGUACCCAAUGUCGACCUGUUUCCAAUUUGUUCGCCUAUGUUCAAAAUGGGACCCCCCUCCGAGCACGCUCAAGUGCUGAGCAAAAUGAUGCUCGACAUGCUGAAUAGUUCUGGCUGCAUCGACCUGGAGAGGCUGUGUAUAGUUGAAGGAAAGUUGUCGUGGUGCCUGUACGUGGACCUGACAUGCUUGGACUAUGACGGAAACGUCGCGGAAGCUUGUAUCAUGGCUGCCACUGCAGCACUGGCAAACCUAACACUCCCCAAGGUAGCGACGGAAGGCGAAGAAAUCAAUGUGUUGUGGGAGCGAGAACAGGCGGGAAUCCAGCACGGCCCUCUAGCUGCAACGUUCGCCAUCUUGGCAGACGACAUUGUGGUCGUCGACCCUACGCAUGAAGAAGAGUGUCUCGCAAAAGAAGUUUUCACGAUUGCUCUCACGCAUGACGGGAAGGUCUGCAUGACACACAUUCCUGGUGGAUCCGUGCUGAGUCUGUCGGCGGUAGAAAACUACGUUGAGCAGUCACACCAGCUGGUCAAGGACACUCGGCUCUUGCUUGACAGGUCUCUAUCAAACUUGGAAUCCUGUGGGUGAUUUGGAGCGAAAGCUCUUUUGUGCUAAUAAAUUCCUCGUAAAAUAAUUU